AUGGCUGGUACUUAUGAUAUUGAAGAAAAAAGAAUUAUUGAUAGAAUUAAAUGCAUUGCUUUUCGUGAAGCUCGAGAUGCUGGUGCAACAUUUCUUGGUCGACAUUGGGUUGCGAAGAAAGUUCAUCAGGAUUUUCAUCAUCUCGCACCAUCUGAUGAAUAUUUUGUCUGGGUUGUUCGUCGACCAAAUUAUCAGAACGACCGAAUUUGGGCAAAAACUGUCGACGACACUGAAGAAGAUGAACGUUAUUGUGAAAUGAUUAAAAAUCAAGAAUGCAUUGGAAUUUUUGUGAUAUGCACUGCUAAGAGGUUAUAUCGGGUGAUUAAUGAUAAAGGUGAAUCUUGGACUGGUCAGUAUUUUCGUGAUAUAAUUUUGACUGAACACGUCUUUCCAUUCUUAAAAAAUGAAGAAAAUGUUAUCGAUCCCGAUGAAGCUAUAUUUGUCCAUGACAAAUCACCAUGUAUGCGAGCAUAUCAGACCCAACAUUUGCUUCAAGACAAUGAUGUUAAAUUUUGGGGUAAUGAUAUUUGGCCUGGAAAUUCACCCGAUCUCAAUGUGGAAGAACAUAUUGGAAGAAUAACCAAGGAUGCAGUUGAAAAAAAGAUAUUAUCAGAACCUGGACAUUCUCGUUAUCUUGAAGAAACACUCAAAAUGCACAUUUCACAUGUUUUGAAAAACAUGGAAACCGAUACUGAUUUAUUUGAAACUCUUCUAUGUUCGUAUCCAUCUCGACUACGUGCAGUAAAGAACUCUAACGGUCGUCACGCUGAUUAUUGA